AUGGAUCGUGUUGAAGAUAAGAGUUCGAUUUUGAAGAAAGUAAUGUUAGACGAAGCUUUAAAGAAAAUGAACCGAGGUUCUCUGUCCAUUCAAAAAAUUGAGUGCAGUAUCAAGUUGAGUGACUUAGACCGAGUUCUCGAGCAAGGCAAAAUCCUACAAGUGUCUUCCAAUGUAGAAAAGACUCAAUCAUUUCAAGCCAAAUGGAAGAGUUCAAAUGAUAUCAACAAAUUGUUUUGUGUGCAGCCAAUACCACGUCUUCCAAGGAAAUUCUGUUCGACCAUUCAAAUUCAAAUGUUCUCAAUAUUCUUCGAUAAGGACUUGAAGGUACCAAAACUCUCAUUUUACACGUCCCCCAAGACUACAGCAGCCAAUUUUAUUCAAACUAUCAUUCAAAAGGUCAAUUCGCUUCACGAUGAGUCAAAUGAAAAAGACCCAAAUAAGGAAAGACUGGAGAACUCGACUAAACAAAAGAGAACUUUACUUGAUGGAGGCUCAGAUGUGUACUUCUUGAGAAUUUGCGAUGAAGAGGGUGAACCAGAUGAGGACUUCCCUUCCUUAGAACCGACGUCGAUUAUAGGAGAAAUGGGGUCUUAUAACUACUUCUUGAAAGAAAACAAAGACUAUGUGGAAAGCUUGAAACACCACAGAAGAGCUGUUAAUAUGCCUAAUACACAAAGAAUUGCUAUUCUAAAUAAUGUGAAGAUCGUGAAGGUAUUCUUUAAUGUCAAAGGGUUUGAAAACACGUCUGUGAAGUAUGAGGUCCGUAUGGGACAGAAAGUCAUCGACUUUGUCAAUACCGUCAUCGAGGAAAGAAAUAAGAAAGUCGGCCAAAACGGAGAUUUGAUGCCGAAAGACACAAAAGACUUUCUUUUCGAAAUGGCUGACCAAGACGGAAAACCAGACGAUGACUUCCCAAUGAAGUGUCAAGACGACAUUUCUAUGAGAGGAGACUUCUUUGUUUUUAUUGGUAAAGGAAAAUAUGCAGCAGAAAAAAACAACUAA